AUUAUUAGUCGCGUAGUCUUAGUUACCAAAAACCAAAUCAAAUCGUGCCACAAAUUGCAUAGAUACAUACAUACAUAUGUAUGUACAUGGCUCACACAAACAACACAAAGCAUUGCAAGUGUUGAGGCGAAAAUUGCACAGCAACAAAAAAGUAGUAGGCAGAAAAAAAAACUUGAAUUGUCGCUGCUUUACCAAAAAAAUGUGGUAGAAUUCGUGUUCGGAAAGUUUUUUUUUUGUAUAAUGCCAAAAAGUUAGUGAAGCAACGACCGUAAUAAUCAAGCGGAAAGCGCACGAAGCAGCUUGGGAAAGCGGCUGCAAAUGAUGUGUCUACGCCACACCCACGCAUACUCAGCUACGUCAGCGCAGUCAGCAGUUAAGCAGGCGCUCAUUUGGUCCGCAUCGAAUUUGGAACUGAGGCGAAAAGGUUGAAAAUAUUUCCACCUUUCGCUGAUCCUGUCAAGUGCAGUGCACUUUGCCAACGAAAACUACUGUUCUACAUAAUACUACCCACACUUCGCCCAUGGCUGUCCAACAGAAUUCCACACUCAUUUAUGAUAAUUUAGAUGAGUGCCCUUCGUUGCUCAAAGAACCUGAAGAGCUAAGCCGUUACAGUCCUAUAUUACCAUUGAAAAAUCAGAAUAAUGCAGUCCAACAAAGCACACAGCCUUACGAUGGCAAGGCUAACAAUAACAAUAACAACAAAAAUAAAAACCAAAACUUCAAUCCUAAAAUUAAGGAGUUCCACAAAUAUCGCAAAUACGCUAGUAAUCGUUUACAUCGGAAUCACGCGCCGAGUACCUGUAGCGCUCAGAGCGGCCGAAGUCGUACGAUCUCAUUAAAUGGUGCUAAUAGUGCAGAGGAGCAAGGCCAAAAGGAGAUACCCAUAUGGCUUGACGAUGAACCACGUUACGUGUCCGGCGUAAAUAGCCGCACCACCUGCAAUGACAUUAUCAAAGCUUUGAUUGAUGACGAAAUUCGUAAUGGAGGCAAUCACGAUUAUUGUGCCAAUCGUGGCAAAUUUGACGCAGCAUCGCGUGACUACAACGAUUACGUUAUAACAGAAAGUUGGCGCGGUAUCGAGCGCAGCUACGAUGGCAAUAUGGCGAUUUUGCCCGUUUGGAAGGCUUGGAGUCGAGUACACAAUGAGAUUCGUCUCAGCUUAAAACACUACAAAGAAGUCGCCGAACCCACGCCGCCAAAGCAAAACCGUAACUGGCUUCAAUCGCUGCGGAAAUACUUUGCCAAAUUAUUUAAAUUUAGGAAGCGAAAUAAGGAACUUCCACUGCCCAUCAAAGAUAAGCAUCAAAAACCUCUCCUAACCAUUAAAGAGGAAGAGUCCCCCGACGAGAUAGUCUUCAUUUUGUUACCCGAUAAGAAGUACGACAACGGCUCUGCACAUCCACCAACAAAAGAAGUCCUAUACACCGCGUCCAACAGCAGUGAUUCCACCACAAAAGCGGAUAUGCUGAAACGCAAGCUGUACAGCCUCUCCGAAACGCGUGUCUCUAUGCGCCGAAAAAAGCGCUUGAGCAAAACCGCAAAACGAAAUUGCGAAAAACUACGCGAAAGUCCGCUCGCCAACGCACCAGAGGUGGCAAAUAAUUGCAUACGUCGGCGCAAAGAUGCGCCCAUACGAAAUUCGAUACGUCACAAGUUAGCACAGAAGACAAACGAAAUCGAUAAACUUUACAAGCGCGAACUGGAGCUAACUAAGCGGCUGAAUCACAAAUGUCAGCUAUAUAAGCUAAGCAAUGAAUUGUAUUCGAAUGCGGAUCAGAGGCUUGAGCUCUCGAUUGGACAAAUACAGAGAAAUGUUGAGCAAUAUGCCGAACAGAUUAUACAAACCGAACAUGAAUUGCGCGAAUUGAAGAAUGAAAUCAGGCAGGAUAUAUCGUUAGUGAAUAACCUCAAGCGAAUGACUUUGGAUGCGGUGGAGAAUGUGAACGAUUGUGGUGUGCCGCCGGCAGCUGAAAUGGUUGGAGGACCAGCGCCAACUGUGGUAGGUCAGGAGGCCGGAGAACAGCCGCAAAAGAACGAGGGGAAUACGGAAAUGCAAUUUGUCGAUAAUAUCUAUGAAUUUUGUGACAAUAACGCUAGCAUGUUGGUCUAAGGGGGGUAGAGCGCUGAAGAGGGGGGAAAUAUUUUUCUUUUUUUAAAUCGAUUGGAGGAUAUAAAGUAUACUUAAUUUUCGAAACUAUUCAUACAGUUAAGUUUUUAUGUACACUCUUUAGUUGUUAAAGAAAUUUUAUUGGAAAACUAAAUAGGGCGCGUUGGCUUAAACUGUAAAAACGCUCGACAUUUUGGAAAGUCUGUAAACUGAAUUGUAAACAUUUCCAUGAAAAGUGUUUAGUUUUCGGAUUUUCAUUAAGUUUAAGAGUAUCUCCUGAGUAUAACUUGAACUAGUGGUAGUAAUAUUUCUUAUUCCACAUAUCACCAAGUUUCAUGAAUACACCUACUUCAUAUUUUUGGUAACACCAAUAGUGCCUAAAUUAAAAACAAAAAACAUCAGAAAUUAAACUUCAGAUUUUAAUUUAUAAAACCUAAGUAGCAAUUUCAUGUUAAUAAUAUACUAUAUACCUAAGUUAUCAUUAGCUGAUUCUUUGAAAAGUGUAAUAAAAACCGACCAGAUAAAAAUAUUAACAAUAGAACUAGUUCAUAUUUUGUAUAUAA